CAUGUUGCAAAAACGUAUUGUUUUUUUACCCAGUUAGAAUUAGUGCGGUCUUUAUUGUUUUUAUGCGAUAACGAUGUGUAAUACCACGAUACCCACGUAAAAAAUGUAGAUUGUAGAUCUUGUGUACAUUGCUCAAACAUCACUGAAACUGAAUUAGCAAUGGAAUAUUGCGUCAGUAUUGCGCUUGCGUUGCACUCAACAUCGGCAGAAGUAUUUUAAAACUAUUUAGCUCAACACGAGAAAUUAUAUAAUUCCCGCAAAUAGUCCAAUUUUCAUAAUUCGAUAGAUCGAUCGGCGAGCAAAUUAUUCUCUAUUACCUUUACUGUUCUUUCGAAUUUCUUCAGAAAUGUAAUUUUCUUUAAAUAUAGAGUAGAAAGAAAAGUGAGGUAUAGAGGUAUAGAAUAAAAAAUGGAGAAAACUUGAGACAGAGAUAAUUUUUCACCCGUUCGAAUUCAGAAACGCAUUGACGCUCGCGGAACGAUGUUAUUCGUUAAGUCUCCGUUCUAUAAUAUUAACCGGAUAGUUUUAUUACUAUUGGGUAUCUGGCCGUAUCAGAAAAAUAAAUUUGUAUAUAUACAGAGACUAUUUUCAAUGGGAAUACUCAUAUCGUUUAUCGUCUGUCAGCUAUUACUACUUUUCACGGAAAAAUACAGCGUGGAUUUAUUUCUCAACAUACUGUCGCAAGCUUUCCCACCAAUGAUUUAUCUAGUAAAAUAUAAUGCAUUUUGCAUCAAUAGCAAAGCAGUAAAGUUACUGUUGGAGGGGAUAGAACACAAUUGGACUACAUUGAAUGAUAAAGAGUUACAGAUAGUAAAACAAUACGCCAAUACCUCUAGAUUAUACAUGAUUACUUUUACGUCGUUUGGCACACUGUUAUUGUGCACUUUCACACUUAUGCAGUUUCUACCUGUCAUUUCGGAUAUUAUCAUUCCGUUAAAUAUAUCUCGACCACGGCGCUUUUACGUUCGUUUAGAGUUCUUUAUCAAUGAAGAAAAAUACUUUUACGUGAUCGCAUUUUACACAAUUUUGUCAUUGACUGUUGGUGCAGCCACAGUAGUGUCUACAGGAGCUUCAUUACUUACGUUUGGACAUCACUCAUGUGCAAUGUUUAAAAUUGCAUGCCAUCGGAUGGAACACGCAAUGGAUAAAUAUAAACUUUUAUAUAUUGCCAAACGAAAAGACAUCCAAAACGAAAUUGUUAACGCCGUGGAUAUUCAUCGGAAAGCUGUUGAAUAUGCAGACAUCUUGGUAUCACCUUUCAUGAUGUCGUAUCUCGGUCUAAUUAUAAUUGGCGUAAUUUCUCUGAGCCUCAAUUUAUUUCGUCUUUUUCAAGCAUUCUUGUACACACAUAAUAUGGAGGAAGCUUUAAUAAGUAUUUUCCUUAUCGGCGCGCAUUUCCUAUACAUGUUCUGGGCGAAUUACGGGUCGCAAGUAAUGACGGACCAUUUCGACGACAUUUUCACAGCAGCAUAUGAUAUACCUUGGUAUGCAGCUCCUAUACGAAUUCAAAAGUUGGUAAUGUUUCUGUUGCAACGAGGUACAAAAGCCUUCGUGUUGCAAAUUGGAGGUAUAUUCAUUGGAUCUCUGGAAGGUUUCGCCACGCUUCUAAGCACAUCCUUGUCAUACUUUACUGUAAUUUAUGCCACGCGGUAAUAUUGUAAACGUCCAAGAAUGCAAUUAUAUUUUUCGAUAGGAGCUGUUAUACUUACAUAUUAUAGCAAGAAAUCACUUCAAUAUUAACUUCAAUAUUCAAAUUGUAUUAACGAUUAUUACGAUUAUAGAUAUAUGAAAACUACUACAUAAUGUGUGUAUAACGUAUAAUAUACAUUA